AUGGCCACCACCACCGCCGCUGCUAGCACCGCCACUACCACCACGGCCGACAAGAGCGGCACCAUCUUCACGCAGAACACGCUGGAGAGCCACGUGGGCGCGGGCAUCGCGCUCUUCUUCAUCAUCUUCUACGUUACCGACUUCAUCCUGCUGUCGCUCAUGCAGGCCAAGGAUAAGAAGGAACGACAGCAGUUCAUCCUCGGGGAGCCGCAGUCGCCGCUGAUGAUCGAAACACCCCUCUCGAGCGACGAGGUGUGA